GUUGGCUUUGGUAUGCCGAGCCAAUCACAGCUCGGACUUCUGAGUAUCGUCAUGGUCACGGUAUUGCUGCUGCAAUUGGAGCAUCACCUUGAGGCUGAGAACAAUGAUAUUUCGUCGAUGAGCCAUCGUGUAGCAAUAGGCGAGACUUGAUCAGUUGUCCAGUGAGGUUACCGCCAAGGCUAGAUCGUAUCGACAAGAAUUGAUUGACGGGUGGCGAAUCGUGAGGGCAAUCCUGCCAACCAGGCUUCCUGCGGUGCGUCGAACACUAACUACUGAGUAGGCGAUGAAAGCCAGCGUAGGCAUACGAGAAAUAGCAGACCCAUAAGCUCGAAAAGCUGAACUUCGUCGGCAUUGUUGUAAGUCUCGCUCUCAAAUGUUGCGAGCUGAAUUCUCCGUCCAGUGCUCGGAUCACCUCGAGAAGGGUGCGCUCCUAGCAAGCUGUCUCACUUCAACUGGGGAUUGGCCGAACGUGCUUGGCAAUGGCAGAUCGCAGCUAUGGACUGUCACGACAUGUUGGUAUGCCGGCAUCGUUUGUGCUCUCUUCGCGGUCUUGACAGUCGCUCAGCAGGCGAUGCGGUUGCAUCGACUGGCCGCACACAGAGAUGGCCUCGAGCGGAUCCGGAGAUGCAUGGCUAGUCGUCGUCUCAGCCAGAACGGCCAUGUGCUACCACAUCGAUGACGCGUGCACACUUGGCAAAUUGGACCAGCCUUGUUGACUACGAGCGUUCUGUACAUGGUAGUCGGGAUGGGUCUCAUGCUUUGGGUC